UGGUACCCCCAUAGAUAUGCUGUGGAGGCCUGAAUACGCUGCCUAUAUGAUUGAGGGUACACCUGGAAAACCAUUUGGGCAUCUUCCAGAGUAUUUGAAUACGGUGGAAUAUAAUAUGCAGCGACGUCGUGAUCUGGUUCAGAAACGCCUGCCUGAAAACUGCUAUAUAAUGUGCUUAACAACAUUUCCUAGACCACUGACCAUCCUCUUCACAGUUAUCACCUAUGGCUCGGCUCUGGAAGAGCAUAUUACCUAG